AUGCUACAAAAUGAUGCUGGUGAGUGGGUUUUUAGUCAGGAUCUGCUGCGAGCUAUGGUUACGGAAUACUAUAAGUCUUUGUUUUCUGUGGAUUCUAGUGGGGAGUUGCUUCGCUUGGUUGUUCCUUGUCCUAAGCUACCUUGGGACCAGCUUCCGUUACUGGAUGAAGGUGUCAGUCUUGCUGAGGUAAAGAAAGCUUUAUUUCAAAUGAAACCAUGGAAAGCUCCAGGGCAUGAUGGUUUUCAGGCGGGUUUCUUUCAACGUUUUUGGGAGACUACGAGCUCUGCUUUGUGUCAAACGGUGACCGCUGCUUUUGAAGAGGGGAUUUUGCCGAAUACUUUGAGUGAAACUUUGUUAGUACUUAUACCGAAGGUUCCUAAUCCUGAGCAUUUGAGACAGUUCCGUCCUAUUAGCCUAUGUUGUGUGGCUUACAAGCUUAUUACCAAAGUUUUGGUGAAUCGUAUCCGACUGUUACUGCAUGAUCUUGUGGCACCUAAUCAAGUUAGCUUUAUUCCAAGGAGACAGGCUGCUGAUAAUAUAAUCCUUGCCCAGGAAAUAAUUCAUACAAUUCGUCGAUGUAGUAGUAAAAAUGGACUUAUGGCUAUCAAGAUUGAUUUAGAGAAGGCAUAUGAUAGAGUAAAUUGGUCUUUCCUUCGUGAUACACUUCGAGAUUUUGGGUUUUCGGAGAAGUGGACUCGGUUGAUCAUGUUGUGUGUGGAAAGCUCAAGUUUAGCGGUUUUGUGGAAUGGGGAGAAGCUGGACUCUUUUAGACCACAGCGUGGUCUGAGACAGGGUGAUCCUCUUUCUCCUUACCUUUUUGUUCUGUGUAUGGAGCGGUUGGGGCAUUUGAUUGAUAGAGAAGUUCAGAGUGGGGCGUGGAAACCUAUCAAAGCUGGUCGGAAUUGUCCUGGAAUAUCUCAUCUUUUCUUUGCAGAUGAUUUAUUUCUAUUUAGUCGGGCGGGUGAAGCACAAGCUAAUAAAAUUAAAGAGGUGCUUGAUGAAUUUUGUGCGGCUUCUGGAGCGAAAAUUAGUUUUGAGAAAUCUAAGAUCUUUGUUUCCCCAAAAGCUCAUGGUAGCGCUAGUCGUAUGAGUUCUCUGCUUGGUAUUCCGAGUACAAAUGACUUAGGCAAAUACCUUGGAGUGCCUAUCAUUCAUGGACGAGUGACGAAAGCUACUUUUAAGGAGAUUGUUGAAAAGGUGCAGCGGAAGUUAUCAACCUGGAAGUCAAAGCUUCUGUCUUUGGCUGGAAGAGCUACUUUGGUGGGGGCUGUAACAAGCUCGAUUCCUACUUACCACAUGAUGACAAUGCUAAUGCCGAAGAAUGUUACAAGUAUUUUAGAUAGUAUGAAUAACCGUUUUUUAUGGGGAGGAAAUGAGCAUAAACGUGGAGUCCACUUGGUAGCCUGGUCUGAUGUAUGUACUCCCAAGUCCAUGGGGGGGUUAAGUUUACAGCGGAUGGAAUUGCAUAAUAGAGCUUUACUUCAAAAAACAGCGUGGCGUUUCCUCAUGGAGCCGGGUAGCAUGUGGGUUCGUUUUUUGAAAGCCAAAUACGGAAUAGGUGAUGAUAUUUUCAGGUUUUUAGACAACAAACCGAAAGGUUCCCCAACUUGGUCUUCUACUUGGAAAGGUUUGGCUCGGGCUUUCUCCUUUUUGUCUGCUGGUCUAAAAUGGAGGGUUGGUAAUGGUCGUACGGUACGGUUCUGGGAAGAUCCAUGGCUCCUUAAUGUCCCUUUAACUCAUUCUUUGGAUCCCUCCUUUGCUAUAGAAAAUCCUGGUGUUUUGGUGAGGGAGUAUAUAAAUCCCGAGGGUGGAUGGAAUAUGGAUAAAGUUUUUCUUGACUUGCCGGCGGAGGUAGCUUUGAAGGAUGAAGCUGAUGUUGAUGGUGGUUGGGCUUGGUUAUGGAAACUGCCGCUCCCUUCUAGAUGGUUGCAUUUUGUGUGGACAGUGAGAAGAGACCGUUUACUCACAAAUAGUAUGAGAGCAGCUUGGGGUGUGAGUUUUAGUCCGAACUGCAGUCUUUGUAAUGAUGGGGUGGAAUCGGUGGUACAUGUCUUAAGGGAUUGCCGCUAUGCGAGUAUAGAAUGGAGAAUUAUUUUUGCUGUGACAUUAUGGAGACUUUGGACCCGACGAUGUGAUUUCAUCAUGAAGAGUGAAGAUGUUUCUUUGGAGGCAAAUCCUUUGAUUUCAAAUAUUAUGGAUACUGCUAAAGAAGUGAUGACUGCUUUAGUCGAUCCUAAGCCUGCUGCUGCCACCAAUUUUUGUGUGCAGUGGGAGUCACCAAGUGAUGGUACGGUGAAGCUAAAUGUUGAUGGCGCAGCAAAGGGUAACCCAGGGAUUGCAGGAGCCGGGGGUUUGAUUAGAUCCUCGACGGGUGCAUGGCUUAUGGGUUUUAAAUUACACUUAGGAGUGUGCUCGAAUGUGGAGGCGGAACUACAGGCUAUUCGGAGAGGCCUACAACUGGUAUGGGAUUGUGGUUAUAGGGUCCUAAUUUGUGAAUCUGAUGCUUUGGUGGCAAUUGAUUUGGUACGUAAUGGAGAUGUAAUGAUUCAUCCACUAGGAUGUUUAAUUGCUGACAUUAGAAGCUUAUUGAAUAGAGAGUGGCGGUGUACAUUGCAGCAUAUUUAUCGAGAAGGAAAUUUCUGUGCUGACUGGUUAGCGAAUGCUGCAUGUAGCUUGGAUGAAGAACUUGAGUUGAUUGCGAAUCCACCUGAUGAUAUGAGGAUGUUGCUUGAUGCUGAUGCAAGACAACGCCCUAGGCUACGGGGGGAUCGGAGCAAGAGGGAACGCCUAGACGACGUUUUUCUUCCUGGGCUGCACUGGCGAGCGAUCCCAGUUCGCGGCAGAGAACAAGACAGCAAGCGAGCGUACCUUUGUUCGCUUCUUCUCCACCAAGCACGAAAGUUUAAGGAUAACUGUUGGUCGGUGGCUACCUAA